GGUCGGUAGAGGCAGCGCGGUCACAAUAUGGUGUCCUAUGUAAUCAAUGAACAUAGUAUUGAGUAUGUAGUUACUAUCGCGAGUAAAAUGUGCAAAAUGAAGUUUUAGUGAAUGAAUAAAAAAUUAUUUCAAGAUGGGUAAGGACCAGGAACUUCUAGAAGCAGCCAGAAAGGGAAACACAGCCGUCGUUGAGAAAAUAUUGGGCCAAAGAGCGAAAAGGAGUGGUCCCUUGGCAAGUUUACGUAGAGGACCAGGUGCCAAUGUUCAAGAUAGCAGUGGAUAUUCCUCAUUACAUCAUGCGUCAUUAAAUGGACACACGAAUAUCGUGCGCCUAUUGCUAGAACAUGAUGCAUCGCCCAAUAUCAUUGACGUCAAAGGAUCAUCACCACUCCAUCUGGCAGCCUGGUCCGGAAACCUUGAUAUUGUCAAACUUCUUUUGUCCGGACCUGCUAUCUGCAAUGUGAAUUUAACGACCAAAGACGACGAAACAGCUCUUCAUUGUGCAGCUCAGUACGGGCAUACAGCAGUAGUAAGUCUAUUGCUGGAGCACGCGUGCGAUCCAGGAAUAAGAAAUUGUAGAGGCGAAACUGCUCUCGAAUUGGCAGCUCAAUAUGGAAGAUUAGAGACAGUUGAGCUUCUCGUAAGAACGGAUCCGAUGCUGAUCCAGAGGACUACACCUGAUAUUGUUUUUCCUCAUACUCCUCUUCAUUUGGCUAGCAGAAAUGGACACAAGGCUGUCGUUGAAGUUCUUCUUCGAGCAGGUUUCAACGUAAACAUGCGUACCAAAUCGGGAACUGCACUUCACGAAGCUGCUCUUGGUGGUAAAGUGGAGGUAGUGAGAACGCUACUAGAGCACGGUAUCAACACCUCCGUUAGAGACUCUCAUAACUUCACAGUUAUGGAUCUGUUAAACCAAUUCAAUAAUGCUCAGGCGGCUCAGGAAAUUAUUGGUUUGCUUAAACGUCAUAAACGUGGUCUUCCGUUAGUAGACAGUGAUGGCGAAAGUAUAAAUCAGCCAUUUCCAACUGUGCCAAAUGUGGAUUCCGACUUGGGGAGUCCCUAUGAGAAUGUCAGGCCUUCUUCAAAGAAUGCUCGAUCUGUGACAACAGACCCGUCUCCUGGUACUUCGCCACAAAGAUGGGACUACCAAAGAUAUGCCCGACCUCCGGAAGCCUUUGAAGAUCGACGAAUUUCGGGUGUAUCUGAACAUUCAAUCUUUAGCAGUAGAAGGUCAAAUAGUACCGUCGGUACUAGUGCAAAUGAUCAUGAUGUUUACAUGGACAUGACCUUUUCGGGCAUGCGUAGAUACCCUUCCCUCCAAAGUGGUACAAGCAUGCGCUCACUUAACAUAGACAAUCUCUUUCCUCUAGAUGGUAUUGUGUUUGAUUUCAUGGAAAAUUUGUUCCAGAGACGAAGUCGGAUAUUUGACUAUUUUUUCAGUAUUGCCGAUGAUAGUGCUGGUAGCGUUAUAACUUCAGGAUCGUCUAGAGACUCUGACAACAGCCUCUACCAUAUGCCUUCUGCUCCAAAACAAUUCAUGGACACCAGCGCACACUCAGAGGAUUUCAACUAUCUCUGUUGCUCCAACAGAGAAUCUGACCAAAUUUCAAUUUCGUCUACGGCAUCCAGUUUGGGCUAUGGAAGACGACCGGAUAGUGGUGGUACCCCACUCUACAUACCGAUGAAUAGGGGUGCGCAUAGUCCUGGAUCUGGCAGCAAAGUAUCGCCUACUCCUCCAAAAAAACCUCCCCGAAGAACAAUCACUAUUUCUCCCACCCAUCUUCAACCAAUGUCAGCAUCGGUUGAUGGAGUCAGCAAUGGUGUCUAUGAAUACCUUUUCCUAGCCCACAGUGGCACUAGAAGCCAAAAUAAUCUUAAUGAAUUUGAAAAAGAAAAUAGAAGAGAAAGGUUGUCACAUGGACAUAGCAUGGAUCAAUAUGUGGAAAUGAAUCUUUUUAAUAUUGCUUUGGACGAUGAGCCGAUUGAAAGGCCGAGAAGUGAACUUCAAAGAGGGAAAAGUGAAGAUUUGGAUAACAGAAAAAAGCCUGAACCUGUUGCCAUAACCAGCCUUUACGAGAAUAUUCUAGUAAAACAACAGAACCCUAGAAGAAAACUGAGAAGACACAAUGACGUGUAUGAAGAUUAUUCAUUUAAAAGGAAAGACAAUGACCAAAUGUCAAGUUCAUCAGCACCCGAGCGUACCUUUGUCUCGAGCGCCUAUAUCAAAAUUACUGAAAAUGGCGAUAAACCUAAGAAAUCUGACAAAAGUAAUAAGAGCCCACUUUCUCCCACUCACUAUAAUCAACCACCCACUCCCGAGCAUCCACCGCCUUCGGCGAUGCAAGCUGAAAGUAUUAUUUAUGAAAAAAUACGUCCGCUGAGUCAGGUGAGUUCCUGAUUCAUUUAUUUUGAUAGUAUUCUUAUGUGCAGUAUUAGAAUUAUUUGUUUUUUAAAUUAUGUAAAAAAUCUUCAGCCGUUUGAAAAAUUUUCGCAUUUGUUUUGAUCUCGAUUUAUUUAUUCGAUAGUGGCCUCUUCUUUUCUCAUUUAUUGUUUUCGUUUUAUUAGCUUUUUUGCAUAAUUCAAAUUGCUACAAUCUUUCUACCUAGACGUACCUAUUCUAUGUAGGUAUUAGCGUAUUAGCAUUUCCAUUACAAAUUAUUUGGGCUUUUUUAAAAAUAACAUUAUAAGUUUAAUAACAGUACUAUUUUUAGUUGUUAGGUUUAAAAGGUUUUUAAGAAUCCCACUAAGUAGCACCAUGUGAUAAAUAUUUUAAUUUAAGCGGGUUCUAGAGCAUCAAGUAAAAAAGUAUGGUACCUACAUAUUUUUUAUUGUCAAAUAAAAUAAAGCUUAUACUAUCAGGAAAAAUAAAAUGUGCAAGUAUGUGAAGCAAUAAUUUUUGGUGCUAAUAUGUAAAAUAAAUAUUUCUAUGUCAACUCCAUAUUGAUGCAUGCAGAUAUUGUAUAAGGAUAUGUUAUUAUUUUCCAUUAAUUUAUUUGCAUCGUGUUGUUUGCUUCUUUUUAUUGACUGUUUUAUUGGUCCCAUUUAUAUUGGACUCGUUUUUUGGGCUAGUAUUUAUUAUUUUAUUAGCAAAUUUAUUGUUUUUUAUUAUUUUAUGUUCACUGUUAUUGUUAUUGCAAUAAAUAGAUUUUUAUUACA